AUGGGCGCCACCCCGUUUCAUCGGUCCAUCCUUGAGGUCCGGUUGCCGAAGCACUUUGACAAACCAACGGACAUGAGGUACGAUGGAACCCAAGACCCUCUGGAACACCUCACGGCUUUCGAAGCUAGAAUGAAUCUGGAGGGAGUAGGGGACGAGGUGAGGUGCCGGGCCUUCCCAGUCACCCUAGCCGGGCCAGCAAUCCGGUGGUUUAACGGCCUCCCGCAGGGAUCCAUCUACAGAUUUUCGGACAUCAGCCGUGCCUUCUUGGCUCAGUUCACAACGCGGAUAGCAAAGGCAAAACACCCGAUCAACCUGCUCGGGAUAACCCAGAGACCCGGGGAGCUGACCAGAAAGUACCUGGAUCGCUUUAACGAUGAAUGCUUGGAAAUCGACGGCCUAACCGACUCGGUGGCCAGCCUUUGCCUGACGAACGGCCUCCUGAACGAGGACUUUCGAAAACACCUUACCACGAAACCGGUUUGGACGAUGCACGAGAUCCAAACGGUGGCUAAGGAAUACAUAAAUGACGAAGAAGUCAGCCAGGUCAUGGUCGCCAAUAAACGGCACUCCGGCUACAAUCAACCUAGGCAACAGGGUAACGGGGAGAGGCACAAAGAACAAGCCAAGGAGACAGGGUCGACCAAGGUACACAGAUCAUUUCCCCGGAUCGGGAAGUUCACCAACUACACUCUACUCACUCUUCCCAUUGUGGAAGUUUACCAGCAAAUAGCCGAAAGAGGGAUCUUGUCGAAGCCCCGACCACUCAAGGACCGAACGGGGGGGAACAAGAGCCUCUACUGUGACUACCACAAAGGCUACGGACACCAAACACAAGACUGCUUUGACCUGAGGGAUGCACUAGAGCAAGCAAUAAGAGAUGGCAAACUCUCUGAAUUCUCCCAUCUCAUACGGGAGCCGAGGAGACGGCAACGCGAUCAAGACAGCGAAGAGGCCAAGACCUGA